AUGUCCAACGAGGAACCCGAGAAAGGCGACAAAGUCUCAUGGAAUUGGGGCAGCGGAAAACCCGGCGGCGUGGUUGCCGAGACAAAGACCGAGGGCGAGCUAGCCAUCACGACCAAGCGCGGCAACAAAGUCAAGAAGAACGCCGACCCCGACAACCCCGCCGUGCGCAUCGAGCGGUCGGGCAACGACGUGGUCAAGCGAGCGUCGGAGCUGAACAUUGAAGAAAAGGCGAAUGGAUCCGCCGCGGACUCUGGGGCUGGAAAGAUCGCGUCCGGGACCGGGACCGGGACCGAGACCAAGAACGGUGAAAAGCGGAAACACGAUGACACCGAAGAUGAGAACGAAAACGAAAACGAAGACAAGGAUGAGCCUGCACUAGAAGAGAAUGCCGAGGGCAAGACCGUCAAGGGUAAAGGGGCAAAUGGCACCAAGAAGCAGAAAAAGGAGCCGGCGCACGAGGAGGAAGUUGUUGAAGCCAAAAGUGAAGAAGGGGAGGAGGAGGUCAAGCCCGAGAGGAAAAGGGCCGGCCGCCCCAAGAAGCAACCGGUGCAAGAUGGCGCCUCGAAGAAAGAGCCGGCAAAGCAGAAGCAGCCGGCCAAGGGGGCCCAGUCGAAGGCCGAAACCAGGAAGCCUGGUCGUCCGAAGAAGGGGGACGGGGCACCGCCGAAGCCAAAGAAGGACCCCAAGCCCCGGGCGACGGAGGGGAUUGGAUCACGCACCCGGAGCCGGCGGACGACAUAG